GUAGACGUUCCGAGCAAUUUGCUCCUCGAGAUGCAUUCAGGUGGCCCACUCUUUGAAGUGGGAAUUAUUAGAACCGCUACAGUUGUUGAAUGGAAGUGUAUCUCUUUAGUAAAGCGACGGCUUGACAUCAAGGUAACUCCCCAGAGAACGGCGGGCGCAAUCUCCGGAUUACACAACUUCUGAGCUAAACAACACGCGCUCAUCGCUGCUUAAACCUGCGCUUGACACAAAGAUACUGUGCUAGGAUUAUUGAGCUUUGUACUGGAGUAACUUGUGUGCACCAGCCACCAAGAGAGGCCCUGCUGCUGAGCAUGGCCCCUGUCCUGCUGUGACGCGUAGACAGCGUACAAGUAUGACUUCUUUAUAUACCGCAUGGAUUGCUGUCCUGGUCGUGGUGUUGCUUGAGGCGCCGCGAAGCAUUAGUGCGCAGCAGUCGACAAGCUUUGCUACAGGCCUGCAGCUGCCCAAAACCAGCGAUGGUUUCGGAUUAAGCAGAACACGGAAUUGGCUCGAGAGGUACGGGUCGGUCCGAGCGCGCGACUACUUUGACUGGCGGAGGAUUCCCGGGGUCAUCCGUGACCCUAGCGACCAGUCCAAGUGCCCCGCGUGCUUCGCCUUUGCCGGCAUUCACUCCAUUGAGGCGCUGCUGUCCAUCAAGCGCGGGGCCGCGGGCGCCAACGCGGUGGAGCUGGAGGAGAUGCAGGCCAUGCUGUGCGCGGCCGAGGAGGCGGCGGCUGCCACCUGCGUCAGCACGUCCGGCGGCUGGGUGGAUGACGUGUACCGCUACGCCAUGAAGUCCAACCUGCUGCCCCGGCGGGAGUGGCUGCGCCUGAAUGGCUAUAAUGACUCAACGCCGCUGGAGGAGCAGACGUGUAAGGCUCUGAGCCAACAGCCGCCGCCCCCACCGCCCAGCUCACCGGCCGUGGACCGCGCGGCGAGGCCGCUCAUCAACCGGAUUGCGGGAUGGGAGGACGUGCCGGCAUCGGCGCCAGCCCUGCGCAAGGUGCUUGCCAACCAGCCGGCGGUGGCGCUGGUGCACGCCUCGCGCGACUGGUACGCCGUCACCGCCACACACGACGUCUUCAACGGCACCUGCUCCCACCAACUGGCGGACGCCAACCACGCAGUCGUCAUCGUGGGGUACACGCCCGAGCACUGGAUCAUCAAGAACUCGUGGGGCACCAAGUGGGGCAAGGGCGGCUUCAUGCGGCUGCCGCAUUUGCUCAACGGCACCAACAACCCCUGCGGCCUGCUCAACGCCCUGACCUACCCCGUCAUCGAUGGAGCCUUCUGCGCCAAGGUGGUCAAGGUGUCCAACAACGCCACCAGCCUCAGGAGCCUGGCUGCGGACUACAGCACCAAAGAGCGCAACAUCACCUCGGACGACAUCUUCCGGGUGAACAGCCACCUGCCGCAGGGCCUGAACGCCUCGGACCCCAUCCAGCAAGGCACCAACGUCUACAUCCCGCCCUGCUCCCGCGGCGCGCUCAAGCCGCCAAAGCCCGAGGCCUCUUGCGGCACCACGUACCAGGUCAACGCCCUCUUUUCGCCGCCCUCGCCGCCCAUGCCUUCCUCGCCAACCCCAAUGAGCACCGGCACCCACCGGCGCUCGGCUCUCGCUCCCGGCAUCGCCAGCAGCAGCUACGCAUUUGGUGACUUUGGCGUGGUGAACGCCUUUGAGCUUGGCGGUGAGGAGGGCGUCCGGGCUCAGCGGGAGCACGCGGCGCAGCUGCGGCAGGCGGAGGAGCAGGCGCAAGCGGCGACUGUGGCGCACUACGAGGCUCGGCGCGACGAGCGGCGCCGGCGGCGGCUCGCGGGGCUGGAGCAGGGGCUUGGCCUGGGCCUGGGGCUGGAGCAAGGCGAACGGAUGGCGCAGGGGGAGCAGCAUGGCACGGUGGGCAGCAGCAGGAGGGCGCUGCUGCAGCUAGAUGACCACUACGUGCUCAACACGGGUGACAUCACGGGACAGGACGCCUCGCCGCCGCCGCCCAGCCUCCCGCAGGCGCCGCCGCCGGCCCCCGCGCCGCCGCCGCCCGACCCGCUCAACAACCUAUACGAGCUGGACGAGCACUUCGAGGAGGACUUUGAGGCCCUUACGUACGGCAUAGCCUCCCACAAGUACCCGGAGCGCCCCAGCGGUCUGGAGGACUCCGCCCUGCGGCCGCCCGCGCGGCUACUGCUGCUGGAGGCCGCGGUGCCGGUGCUGCUGGGCCCGGACGGCGCGCCCCUGGUGGCGGCGGCCCGGCACGGCGAGGGCCGCGUGCUGGUGCUGGGGCAGGACCGGCUCCUGCUCGACAACCCGCUGCAGGACGCCGAGAGCCUCGCCAACAACACCGAGGCCGCGCGCCUGCUCGUCAACGCGUUGGGCUGGCUGUCUGAGCCGGCGGGUUGCAGUAUCGACCCUGCGUCCGACGUGUACGAGCACCCGCUGCCGAACGUGCUGGUGUACACAGACAGCCUGGGCGGCGGCGGCGAGGGUCUGGGGCAGACCAUGCAGCUGCUGCGCCUCGCCAAGGCGGAAGCGGUCCGCCGCCGUGCGGCGGUGGCGGCCGCAAACGCCACGGCAGAUGCCGCCGCUGGCGGCGUUGAAGGUGGCGUUGACGGCAGCGGUGACGGCGCCGCCGCUGACGACGGGAACGUGGAUGAGGAGUUGGAUCCGGAGGAGGCCGCGGCCCUGGCAGCCAUGAUUGAAGACGGCGUGUUCGGAGGGCUGCAGUUUGCCGUGAAGCGUGGCUUUCCCACGGAAGCGCUUCUGAAGAAGGCCGAGUAUGAUUACGGCGACUAUUAUGGGGACUACAGCAGCUCGAGUGGCUCUGCAGAUUACGGCGGCGACUACAACGCAUAUGCGGAUUACGCCUCGGCCUACACCAACUACCAGUACCAGAUCAUUGUGGUGUUCAGCUCGCAGGCGCUGCCUCACGACUUCGCCGUGAAGCUGCGCGAGUUCGUGGCGGCCGGCGGCGGCCUGGUGGUGGUCCACGACCGUGCCAUGGCUCUGAGCUCAGAGCUGGGGCGCACCUACGCGGGCCUGGCCAACUUCGCAGACUACUACUCCGCCAACAGGCUGCUGGGGCCCAUGGGUAUCAUGAUCACGCCCACAUUGGUGGAGUACGCGGCGGAGUGGCGGCCGCCGCUGCAGGUGCCACACCCGCCGCCGCGGAGCUACAAGCUGAUGAACGCGCACUACGCCGCCGACGCACUGCGGCUGGGCGGCUUCCUUAACAGGACCACCGGCGUGGUUGCUGCAAUGGACAGCCAGGAGCGGGCAGCAGCGACCUCCGGACUGGGCUUUGCACAAGGGCUGCUAAAGGAUGUCGCUGACCGCUACCCAGUCUUGUGGGCCGAGCUGUCCAUUGCGCUGCACCCGCCCUCACCCCCGGCGGCGCCGCCCUCGCCGCCCAAACCAGGUAAACGCGUGUCCCCAGGGAGGCGCCCGUUCGACGGCACCAACACCCCCUGGGAGAUCGCCCUUACUGAUGCUUGAAGGACAAUCUUCCCCUU